AUGAGUGACUUCAAUGAUCGGGGACGGCCGGUCAAGCGCAAGCGCGAGGACUGGGCAGGACCAGGCCCAGGACACCGUGACAACGACAAGACGUCCAAGGCUGUUGAACCAUCCCAGCAGCCGUCGAAGGCCAAGGCACCGCCACUUUUCACGGAAGCGCUGUCGAAAGAUGAGAAGGUUGCUUCCACUGGCCUGGCCGCCGAGACAUUCCGGCCCCUGAUUCGCGAGUUGCAGCAGCGACUGGAUGAUCAUAACCCAGUCCUUGCAGAGCAAGACGCGCGACUGGUGGCUGACUACCGGCGCCUCUGUGAAUCGUACGUCGCGCAGCAUGCCAAGUGCUCGCGCCUUGAGAAGGAAAACGGUCAGUUGCAGGCCGCCCACGCCCGCCUCGUCGACGAAAACACCCAGUUGAACCGUCGCUGCCGGGAUGAGGAAGCCCGCUUGUGCCACUUUCGGGACGCGAUCCAAAAAUUGAGGGACGGUGUGAUUGACGUGGUUGAAACGUAUGAGAAUUUCAAGAUGACGGAAGCAUCCGCAGCGAGCGGUGCGGACGGACCGACGCAGGAGCAGGAGAAAGUGGCGGUCAUUGUACCCGUGGUGCAUGUCCAGGAGGACCAAGGUACCAGCGCUUCUCAUUAG